UUUUUUUUCUUGUUUUCAGAUCUUAGAUUUCGUUUUCCAUCUCGAACUUCUUUCAUCAAAGACCACGCGGUCUGCAUUUGUAUGCUGUAUUAUCCUCAACUUCUUUGUUACCAAAUACUUCGCAUUUCGCGCCGCGCCGUGUCCUCCAUCGAGUGAAUACCUUGGAACACAGGGACUUGGGCGGACUUUGCCUUUCUACUACACGAUAAUCAGAGCGUCCUUCUGUGUUUUGAACACAGCAAUAAAGACAUCUACUACUCCCUACUCGAGACAGAGAUCCCAACCAAGGCCUGAGCUGACAUACUACGGACUCCGUCGAGCCUCGCUAGCCUGAUUUACCCGAGUCUGAGAAGGAUCUUCAGGCUAACCACACCCUCGUCCCUCCGUAUUACUUGACUGAGCGCUGCCCUCCAUGGGUCUGUUUGGCAAAAAGUCGGCCUCGGAUGGCGCAGAACCAACAGAGCAUGUCACCUCCGGGACCACUACCGUCGUUCCCAGCCAAAACGUCUCGAAUACCGAGUUGAACAAAGAAGCGCCACUAGAACCGACAGUAGCAGAAAAGUCCGACACCUCUUCACAAAAAGAUGUGGACACGGAGAAGGAGCAGACUGUGUCGGCAAAUGCCUCGUGGACUGGGGAUGUUGAGGUACAAAACGAAAAGGCGCAUGAAGACGGAGUGCUCCCCUCCAACGAGGACGAGGCUGUAUACCCUGCCGGCUUAAAACUGGCACUGAUCACACUUGCACUGUGUCUAUCUGUGUUUCUGGUCGCAUUGGACAAUACCAUCAUUGCGACAGCCAUCCCGAAGAUCACGGAUCAUUUCAGAUCUCUCGGAGAUGUGGGCUGGUAUGGCUCUGCAUAUCUCCUCACAACUUGUGCGCUACAGUUGUUCUUUGGAAAGAUGUACACCUUUUUCUCGAUCAAAUACGUCUAUCUGACUGCCAUUGUCAUCUUCGAAGUCGGCUCUGCCGUUUGUGGUGCUGCCCCGACAUCCAAUGCGCUGAUAGUCGGCCGUGCUAUCGCUGGUAUCGGAUCUGCUGGUAUUUUCUCGGGUGCUUUGGUCAUCAUCGCGUACACCGUCCCUCUUGUCAAGCGCCCUAUCUAUACUGGUAUUAUCGGUGCCAUGUAUGGAAUCGCGUCAAUUGCCGGACCGCUUCUGGGUGGAGCAUUCACCGACGGCCCAGGAUGGAGAUGGUGUUUUUAUAUUAACCUGCCACUCGGCGCUGUUACAUUGAUUGUGAUAUUCUUCUUCUUCCAGUCUCCGCACAGAAAGGCCGAAGCAUCGGUCUCGUGGAAAGAGAGAAUCUAUCAACUUGAUCUUGGUGGCACAGCUGUCUUCGUGGUCGACAUUGUCGUCUGCUUACUCGCUCUGCAGUGGGGUGGCUCGACAUACGCAUGGUCGAAUUGGCGCAUUAUCUUGUGCCUUGUUCUUUUUGGAGUCCUCACGAUCGUCUUCAUCGUGAUCCAAUUCUUCAUGAAAGACCAUGCAACAGUGCCCUUUGGGUUGAUCUCUCAACGCAGUGUUGCGGCGGCAAGCUGGUUCGCUUUUACUCUUGGAUCGGCCUUCUUCUUGCUGAUUUAUUGGGUUCCCAUCUGGUUCCAAGCCAUCAAAGGAGCCUCGGCAUUCAAGUCUGGUAUCGACAGUCUUCCCAUGGUCCUGGCACUUGUCAUUGCGACAUUCAUCAGCGGUGCGCUCACUACGGCAAUUGGAUACUACUGGCCAUUCUAUUGGCUGAGUGUGAUCUUCUCCGCCAUUGGUGCUGGUCUCUUGACGACAUUCGAAGUCGACACUGGACACGAGAAGUGGAUCGGCUUCCAGGUCAUUUAUGGUCUUGGUGUCGGUUUUGGUAUGCAGCAGGCUCUUAUGACUGUCCAGGCUGUCCUUCCACUCGAUAAAGUCCCCACGGGGACUGCGCUGGUCAUGUUCAUGCAGACAUUUGGCGGUGCGUUGUUCGUCUCAGUCGCACAGAAUGUCUUCAACAAUCGACUGAUCGCCGAGCUCCCGAAAUACGCCCCGGGCGUUAAUCCGCAAAUCGUGGUGCAUACUGGUGCCACAUCUCUCAAAGAUCAAAUCCCUGCUCGACUUCUGGAUGGAGUGCAGCAUGCCUACAAUAUUUCACUGACGAACACGUGGUACAUCUCUGUCGCCAUGGCGUCUUUGUCCAUACUCGGCGCAGUGUUUGUCGAGUGGAAGAGUGUCAAGGGCAUGAAGCCGGGUGCGGUGGCUGCCUAAGUGGUUGUAUGCUGUGCUUGUAUUUGCUUCUUUUCAUGUUUGCAUAGCGAUUGCGGCGUUGGUGUGUGGGUGAAAUUAAUUGCAACCCUUUUGCAUAUAUUGGACGGUUGGAUAUUGUCUCUUGAUUCCACUCAUGUCCUAGAUACUCCAUAGAUUGAUGAGAGAUAGACCUGGGCUAUCAGAAGCCAUGAUUUGUAAUAUUUGGUCAUCUCAAAAAACAAGUUCGAUCAGUG